AUGUCCUUAGUUAAACAAAUACUUAAAAUUGUAACUACUAAUCACAAAUAUAAUACCUAUCAUACUUUAAACAAAUCCCACACGAAAUUGACUAGAUUAUCUCAAAACUAUAUUUCCCAAAGAUUCAAUCCGAACGUUUGCUGGAAAUGUGGUUUAGAAAGGAAAAACUUGCUUAGCGUAUUCUGUAGUGAAUGUUACGUGAUACAAAAUCCACAAGAGACCGAAAAUUAUUUUAGAUUACUUAAUUUGGACGAGAAAUUCGAUAUCGAUACAAAAGAGUUGAGGAAUAAAUACAGGGCCUUGCAAAGUCACUUGCAUCCUGAUAAAUUCACCAAUAAAAGCAAGGAAGAACAAUCGAUAUCUGCAAAUUAUUCCUCUUUGGUUAAUAAAGCAUAUAGUAACUUACAAGUGCCAUUGAAAAGGGCAGAACAUUUAUUACAAUUAAAAGGUGAUAAAUUAGGAGAGGAACAAACUUUAGAUGACCCAGAAUUCUUAAUGGAAAUGAUGGAAUUGAAUGAAGAACUAGAUAAUAUAAGCGAUAUAGAAGAACUAAAGAAGUUUAAUAUUAAAAACAAAAAUCAAUUGGAAAUUAUUGCAAAAAGUAUUGAUGAGUGUUUUAGGAAAAAUGAUUUAAAACAAGCUAAAGCUUUUGUAAUAAAAAUGAAAUAUUAUUCCAGCUUAGGAAAUAGGAUAAAUGGUUUAUUAAGAGAAAAAGGAGUUGUUGAUUAA